GCGACACAGGCAGAUCAGGAAGUCCCGGCAUUCUGAACAGCCCCAGAGGCAGCCUCCACAACUCCAGCUGCUACAGGAACUGUGAGCUGUGGUGGUAGAGCUAGCUACAGCAAUCGCAGUCUUGGUGGAGCUGGCGGAAGCCUUUUCUCUUUUUUACUACUGUAGAGGCUUCAUUCACUGGUUUUCUGUGGGUUGAUACGGAGAAUCAUCACAAUUGUGCCUGGUAUGGACUUGUUGUCUGGAACAUAUAUAUUUGCAGUUCUUCUAGCAUGUGUCGUGUUUCAGUCUGGCGCCCAGGAGAAAAACUACACAGUCCGAGAAGAAAUGCCAGAAAAUGUUCUUAUAGGCGACUUGAUGAAAGACCUCAACUUGUCACUGAUCCCAGACAAGUCCUUAACAUCUUCCAUGCAGUUUAAGCUAGUGUAUAAGACAGGAGAUGUGCCACUGAUUCGAAUUGAAGAAAGUACUGGUGAGAUCUUCACUGCUGGAUCUCGCAUUGAUUGUGAGAAAUUAUGUGCUGGUAUCUUGGUGGAAACCCGUUGCUUUUAUGAAGUGGAGGUUGCCGUUUUGCCAGAUGAAAUAUUUAGACUUAUUAAGGUACGUUUUCUGAUAGAAGACAUAAAUGAUAAUGCACCAUUAUUUCCAGCAACAGUUAUCAACAUAUCAAUUCCGGAGAACUCAGCUAUAAACUCUCGAUAUGCUCUCCCAGCAGCCAUUGAUCCUGAUACAGGAAUAAAUGGAGUUCAAAACUACAAACUAAUUAAGGGUCAAAGUACUUUUGGGCUUAAUGUCAUUGAAACACCAGAAGGAGACAAGAUGCCACAGCUGAUUGUUCAAAAGGAGUUAGACAGGGAAGAAAAGGAUACAUAUGUAAUGAAAGUAAAGGUUGAAGAUGGUGGCUUUCCUCAAAGAUCCAGUACUGCUAUUUUGCAAAUAAGUGUUGCUGACACAAAUGACAACUGUCCAGUCUUCAAAGAGGAUGAGAUUGAAGUCAAUAUACCAGAAAAUGCUCCUGUAGGUACUUCAGUGACACAGCUUCAUGCCACAGAUGCCGACAUAGGUGAAAAUGCCAAGAUUCAAUUCUAUUUCAGCAACCUAGUCUCCAACAUCGCUAAGAGGCUAUUUCACCUCAACACCACCACUGGACUUAUCACAAUCCAAGAACCACUGGAUAGGGAGGCAUCACCAAACCACAAGUUACUGAUUUUGGCAAGUGAUGGUGGAUUGAUACCAGCAAAAGCAAUGGUUCUAGUAAAUGUUACAGAUAUCAAUGAUAAUGCUCCAUCAAUUGACAUAAGAUACAUCAUUAAUCCAAUCAAUGGCACUGUGGUUCUUUCAGAAAAUGCUCCACUCAACACCAAAAUUGCUCUCAUAACCGUGACAGAUAAAGAUGCUGACCAUAAUGGCAUGGUGACAUGCUUCACAGAUCAUGAAGUCCCUUUCAGAUUAAGGCCAGUAUUCAGUAAUCAGUUUCUCCUGGAGACUGCUGCAUAUCUUGACUAUGAGUCCACAAGAGAAUAUGCAAUUAAAUUACUAGCUGCAGAUGUUGGCAAACCUCCUCUGAAUCAAUCAUCCGUGCUCCUUGUUAAAGUGAAAGAUGAAAAUGACAAUGCUCCUGUUUUCACCCAGCCUCUCAUAAGUCUUUCUCUUCUUGAGAAUAACUCUCCUGGCACCAAGUUGACAGAAAUAAGUGCAAUGGAUGCAGACAGUGGACAUAAUGCGGAGAUAAAUUAUCUGCUAGGUGUUGAUGCUCCAUCUGAAUUCAACCUGGAUCAUCAUACAGGCAUUCUGACUGUAGUGAAGAAACUGGAUAGAGAGAAACAGGAAAAGUAUUCCUUCACAGUUCUGGCAAAAGAUAAGGGGAUGCCAUCCUUAAUAACCAAUGCCACAGUCUCAGUAACCAUUUUUGAUCAGAAUGACAACAGUCCAAUUUUUACUCACAAUGAGUACAACUUCUAUGUCCCAGAAAACCUUCCAAGACAUGGCACAGUAGGACUAAUCACUGUAACUGAUCCAGAUUAUGGAGAAAAUUCUGCAGUCACUCUCUACAUUUUAGAUUUGAAUGAUGAAUUCACCAUUGAUCCACAGACUGGUGUCAUCCAACCAAAUAUCUCAUUUGACAGAGAAAAACAAGAACGUUAUACUUUCUAUGUAAAGGCUGAGGAUGGUGGUAAGAUAUCACAUUCUUCAACUGCCAAAGUGACCAUAAAUGUGGUUGAUGUCAAUGACAACAAACCAGUUUUCAUUGUCCCUUCUUCCAACAACUCCUAUGAAUUGGUUCUACCAUCCACUAAUCCAGGCACAGUGGUCUUUACAGUAUUUGCUGUUGACAAUGACACUGGCAUGAAUGCAGAGCUUCAUUACAGCAUUGUAGGGGGAAACACAAAAAGUCUGUUUAUAAUUGACCAAACAACAGGCAACAUCACACUGAAGGAUAAAUGUGUUGUUACAGACCUUGGAUUACACAGACUGAUAAUUAAAGCUAAGGACUUAGGACAACCUGAAUCUCUCUUCAAUGUUGUAAUUGUUAAUCUAUUUGUGAAUGAGUCAGUGACCAAUGCUACUUGGAUUCAUGAAUUGGUGUACAAAAACAUUGAAGUACCAGUGGCCCCAAAGAUUGGGACAACUGAUGCAUCCUCAUCAACCAGUGACUAUGUCAAGAUCAUGGUUGCUAUUAUUGCUGGCACCAUAACUGUUAUCCUUGUUAUUUUCAUUACUGCUAUAGUAAGAUGCCGCCAAUCACCACACCUUAAGGCUGCUCAGAAAAACAAGCAAAAUUCUGAAUGGGUUACUCCAAACCCAGAAAACAGGCAGAUGAUAAUGAUGGUGAUGAAGAAGAAGAAAAAGAAGAAAAAAAGGAAGAAAAAGAAAAAGCAUACCCCUAAGAACUUAUUGCUUAACUUUGUCACUAUUGAAGAAACUAAGGCAAAUGAUGCUGACAAUGAUGGAAACACUGUCACACUAGAUAUUCCCAUUGAGCUGGAAGAACAAACCAUGUGCAAGUACAACUGGGGCACUAUACCUACUACCUUCAAGCCUGACAGCCCUGAUUUGGCCAGGCACUACAAGUCGGCCUCUCCACAGCCUGCCUUCCAGAUCCAGGCUGAAACUCCCCUGAAUUCAAAACACCACAUCAUCCAGGAACUGUCUCUUGAUAACACCUUUGUGGCCUGUGAUUUCAUCUCCAAGUGUUCCUCCAGCAGUUCUGAUCCUUACAGUGUUUCUGAGUGGAGCUAUUCAGCGACAACUUUCAAAACUCCUGUGUCUGUACACACAAGACUGGCAAUGAAGGAGGCUGUGGGAUCUCACACUCCCAUGAAAGAAUCAACAACUGUGGAGAUCUGGAUUCAUCCCCAACCACAGUGGAACUCUGAGGGGAAAACAGCAGGGAAGAGAGGGGGAAUGCAGAGAGAGCAUCCCAAGCAGGCUCCAAGCCCAGCAUGGAACCUGACACAGGGUUUGAUCCACAACCCUGAGAUCCUGACCUGAGCCAAAAUCAAGAGUUGGACCCUUAAUCGACUAAGCCACCCAGGC